CGGGACCCCCCCUCCCGCGAUGCCGCCGGGCCGUGUCCCCCCGGCCCGAGCAGCCGCGGCUCGGGGAGAACAAAAGGCAGGAGCGGGAGGAGGCGCGAGGAGGAGGGCAGGCGGCCACGGUGGGGGGAUAAAAGGCUCAGCGAGGACCCCCCCCCUCCUCCUCUGCCCCAUGUCCGAGCCCGCUCCGCCGCCCGGCAUGGCCCGCCCGCCGCUGCCCGCCGCUGCCGCCUUGCUGGCCGCCGCUCUGCUGCACUGCGCGCCCGCCGCGCCCGCCCGCCGACACAAGCCGGACAUGUCUCGGAAGCACCACACCUGGAAGGAGCAGGCUCCUUGGCUGGCUGCCCUGGUGAACGCCGUGGGCACGGGUGUUCCUGCCAAGGGCUUCCCGGUGGCUGCAGCCGGGCCCGCGGCCGCCUGGAACCCGCCCCGCUGCGGCGUGCCCGACCUGCCGGCGCUGCCGGGCGGGAGGAACCGCCAGAAGCGCUUCGUCCUCUCCGGCGGCCGCUGGGACAAGACCAACCUCACCUACAAAAUUAUCAGGUUCCCAUGGCAACUUGUAAAAGCUAAGGUGAGAAGGACCAUAGAGGAAGCUUUGAAAGUCUGGAGUGAUGUGACCCCGCUGACCUUCACCGAGGUGCAGGAGGGACGGGCUGACAUCGUCAUCGACUUCACGAGGUACUGGCACGGAGACAACUUGCCUUUUGAUGGGCCUGGAGGGAUCCUGGCACACGCCUUCUUCCCCAAAACACACCGGGAAGGAGACGUGCACUUUGACUAUGACGAGACCUGGACCAUUGGGAACAACCUGGGCACUGACCUCCUGCAAGUGGCUGCCCAUGAGUUUGGCCACGUGCUGGGCCUGCAGCACACGGCCGUCUCCAAGUCCCUGAUGUCCCCUUUCUACAUCUUCCGCUACCCCUUGAGCCUGAGCGAGGAUGACAAGCAAGGUAUCCAGUACCUGUACGGGAAACCCUCACUGGAUCCCGAGCCCACCCCAACCCAGCCAGCACAGCUGCCCCAGCCAGACCUCGAAACAAACGAGAUCACCAACGUGGAGGCCGUGCAGCCCGACGCCUGCCUCACGGCCUUCGACGCCGCAGCCACCAUCCGCGGGGAGCUGUUCUUCUUCCGCUCGCGCUACGUGUGGCGGCUCCGCGCUGGAAAGCUGCAGGACGGCUACCCAGCUCUGGCCUCUCGCCACUGGCAGGGCAUCCCCAGCUCUGUCGACGCCACCUUCGAGGACCCUCUGGGCAACAUCUGGUUUUUCCAAGAUUCUCAGUACUGGAUUUAUGAUGGUGAGAGACGGGUAUCUGGUCCCACCCCAAUCGUGGAGCUGGGCCUCCCUGCAUCCCCAGUGCAGGCAGCUCUGGUGUGGGGGGCUGAGAAGAACAAGAUCUACAUCUUCAGUGGAGGCAACUACUGGCGCUUCAACCCGCAGAGGCGCCAGGUGGACAACAUCUACCCGCGGGCCAUGGCCGACUGGCGCGGCGUCCCGCCCGAGAUCGACGCCGCUUUCCAGGACGAGCUGGGUUUUGCCUAUUUCCUGAGAGGCCGAGACUAUUGGAAGUUUGACCCGGUCCAGGUGAAAGUGCUGGAGGGCUACCCACGCCAGAUCAGCCAGGACUUCUUCAGCUGCACACCCUCCUCCAACUCCUUCAGAUGAGGGGGAUGCCUGUGUCCUCCACGCUCCCCUGUCGUCUCCCUUUACCUCAAGCAGCCACACAGAGGGUUCCCUCUGCCAUUCCUGGCUUCCUUCCAGGCUCAGCAUCUGACACAACAGGUGUCUGUCACAAGUGACAAAGUUUGCUCCUCUCCAGUUCCAGCAGCCCCAGCUUCAGUUGCUAUCAAUGUAAAAGCAGCUGCCAUGUUCUUUACAGGCAAGGGAGGCCACUCUCUUCUAGCAAUAGCAUCCCAAAAGCCAUCAGGCCAGCCUGGAACGGGAUCAUGCUCUCAUAAUUAAUCUGAACCCCAUCCUGUAGAACUCAUCCACGGCAUUUCCUAUGUUUACAUAACUCACCACGGCAGCCCUUCGCUGCUGCAGACGCUGGCCAAGGAGGAAUGACCCCAGAGCCCGGGGCUUUGAAGGACACCGACCCUACCUGCAGAGGAGGGGGACUGCGACGUGCGGCUGCUGCCAGAGCCACCCCGCCGGGGCAGCCGUGCGGACUGCCAGGGCCCUGCCGCAGCCCCAGCCCGGCCUGCCGCUGUACCCCUAGCAUGCGUUAGGAUUUUGUACCGAUCUGUAUAUAGACAAGGGGCCCCCUCCCUCCCCGGUGCUGGGUGCCAGUGCUGGACACUGCCCCGCGCUCAUCCCGCCGCGGUUCCCAUCCCGGGAUGCUCAGAUGCACUGAUCGCUCUCGAACCGCCGCUCCCGGCCCGGGCUGGCGCCGCACACCGCCGUGCCUGCCCAGCCUUAGGCCAAGCGCCCCGGGCUGCGGACAGCCUCUCCCCCUCGCCCCUGCCAGCCGAGCCCGGGUGCGCGGCCGGCGGCAGGGCGCCGGGGCUGCGCCGUGCGGCGGCGGGCCCGCGCAGCCCGCUCCGGGUGUAUUUAUGUUCCGCCCCGCCUCAAUAAAAUCCGCCUCUUUUCUACAUC